AUGGAGAGGUGUUGGAACUGUUCUGCAAGUGGCACGGAGGACUCACAGUGCACGGAUGGGGCCCCAGCACAGUCCCCUCACUUUCCUCACAGGGCAGUUUGGGGCAGUCUCACUGCAGUCUUGCUUGUAUUUAUCAUAGCCCUCAGUGUCACAGGACAGGUAGGGUUCAGACAGCCCAAACCACAGUCUGUGUUGCAGGUUGUCAGGAUCACAGUGCCAGAUCAGACCGGUGUGCUGGUCAAUCAGUCAGCGCUGGUAGACAAGCACAACGACGUGGUGACCUACUCUGUGACUUCCCCCAACAACCACACCUCCACGGUGCUGUUUGACAUUAAACAUGGAUUAAUAUGCUACAAGCCUGACAACCAGCAGACCUGCUUUCUACGCAAAAUGGAGAGAUCGGAUUAUGAAAAUGUUAACAUGCUCCUUGAUGAGCCUAAACAGGUCAGUCAGUUCUGGCUGAAAGGAAAUGAGACACAGAGACAAAUAGAGUUUUUAGGGGUGCUGGGGGGUCAGCAUGUCAAUGCCUCUACCCUCCAGGAGCCCCUUCAGACCCUCUGCUUGCACAGCUCAAUUUACUGGACCCGCAGAGCUGACGGUCCGGGGAAACAAAGGUUAAUUUACUUCUGCAUCGACAUAUGCUUUCCCAGCAACAUCUGCGUCUCGGUGUGCUUCUAUUACCUGCCCGAGUGAGCGCCGACGCCGAGCACAUACCACCACA